CCGAUCUCCCUUUCUUCCUCACUCUCGAGCCGACUGAUCGUCCCCCGGUGUCUCGUCGCCACCGCUCCUCUACACAUUUCGAUGUGAUGGAGACUGGGUACGACUUCAUUCUCGGCACUCCGUGGUCUCGUAGGUUCUGCAGCACCAAGGCCGAUUGGGCGACCAACACUCUCGUUCUCAAAACGAAGUGUAGACAGACGUAUCGCGUACCUUUCAUAGGUACCACCACGACACCACACCCCGAUCCUCCUCCCCCGGAGCCUUCCGUGCCCACACCACCUCCUUCUAUCACUGUCAGCUCGCCUUGGCAGUUCGCCCACUUCAUCAGACAGGAUGACGUCACCUUCUUUAUGGUGAACGUGACGGAUCUCUUACACAAUGAUCCACCCUGUCCCGACGUCGAGCUCAUCCCUCUGGAGCCAGAUCCUCCUUCUAUCUCCAUGACUCCCAUCUCUACUUCCGUCCCUCCGCCAUCCGUCGAGUCCACCCCGCCGUCGUGCGCUGACGCUGACGCGGAGGAACUCGCACGAUAUACGGCUGACCAGGAGCCCGCAGUUCGUGACCUCAUCCGAGAGUACCACGACGUUUUCCCAUCGUCGUUCGCGUACGCCGACAUCCCACCGAUGCGUGACGUCGAGCACUCCAUUCAGCUUGUGCCUAACUAUCGUGUUCACCACCAGGCACCCUACAGACUCUCGAUCCCUGAGGCCACCGAACUCAAGCGUCAGCUUGAGGAGCUCCUGAGACUAGAUUUUAUUAAACUUAGCACCUCCCCGUGGGGUGCACCCGUCCUCUUUGCUCGCAAAGCGGAUGAAACUCUCCGUCUCUGCAUCGACUAUCGCGGUCUCAACCGCUACACGGUUAAGAACAACUACCCCAUGCCUCGUUCCGAUGAGCUGUUCGACCGCCUAGCAGGCAACCGCUUCUUUACGAAGAUUGAUCUUCGUAGCGGUUACCAUCAUAUCCGCGUCGCUGCAGCCGACCAGCCGAAGACCGCGUUCCGUUCGCGAUUCGGCCACAACGAGUUCACAGUGAUGCCAUUCGGCCUCACCAAUGCACCCGCUGCCUUUCAGAGGGCGAUGAACGACAUCUUCAGGAACAUCCUGGAGCAGUACGUUCUCGUCUACCUCGACGAUAUCCUGGUCUACAGUCGUACCCUUGAGGAGCACCUCAGACACCUCCGCAACGUCCUUGACCGCUUGCGCAGACAUGGUUUCUACGCCAAGCUGAGCAAGUGCCGCUUUGCCCAACACAAAGUGGAUUUCUUAGGACACUAUGUGUCUGACCAGGGUCUCCACAUGGACGACGCGAAGAUCAUUGCUAUCGCGGAGUGGCCCGCUCCCACAUCCGCCAAGCAGCUUCGCAGCUUCCUAGGCCUGACCAACUACUAUAGUAAUUUCAUCCAGGGAUACGCUAGGUAUUCCUACGUCCUUACCUCCACCCUCCUUCGGAAGAACCCACCCAGGGCUUGGACACCCCUCCACGAGGACGCCUUCCGCGCCCUCAAGAAGGCGGUGACAUGCGCACCGGUUCUUCACCUACCCGAUUUUGACCGCCCUUUUAUCCUUACCACCGAUGCGUCCGACUUCGCUGUAGGAGCAGUGCUUUCUCAGGUCUUCCCCUCCUCUCCUGAUUCCUCUCAUCCUCGUAUCCCUCGCUUCCCACCACCUACCCCUACCACUGCUUCCCGACUGACGCCUACUCGUCCAGCUACUGACGAGCCUUCUAUUGACUAUUCUCCUACCAUCGCCGAGGACGGCACUGUCGAGUCUCGCUCAGGUGAUUGUCUGAUAGCCUUCUACUCCCGUCAGCUUCUGCCCGCCGAGAUAAACUACAUUGCUGAUGAACGUGAGGUUCUCGCAGUAGUUUAUGUCGUUCGGCACUGGCGUCACUACCUGCGCGAGGCACCGUUCACGGUGCGCACGGACAACUCUGUUGUCCAGGCUUUUAUGACAAAACCGAAGCUCACUCCUCGACAGGCUCGCUGGUGGCGCGACCUAUCCGAGUUUAGUUUCACAACUGAGCACAUCAAGGGUGAGACUAAUCGGGUCGCAGAUGCCCUAUCCCGGCGCCCUGACCACGACCAGGAGCAGAUCCAGCUCUCUUCCAUCUCGGUCACCACCGUCCACCACUCGGUGAUCGACAAGUUUCGCACUCAGUACCGCCAUUGCCCCGACUAUCGCGACACCCACGCGACCCUUCGGAGUGGCAAGACCGUCCCGAACUACUCUCUCGGGGACAACGGUCUUGUGUACUGGCACGAGUGUCCCACCUGUCAGGAGGUGAACAGUGCGAACCACCUUCCUUAUGGUUUGCUCCAGCCUCUUCCUAUCCCUGAGGGUCGUUGGCAGUCCAUCUCGAUGGACUUUAUCGGUCCCCUUCGUCCUCCGACCCCUCGCGGUCAUGAUGCUAUCCUGGUCGUCGUCGACCGCUUCACGAAGCGUGCACGCUUUGUUCCGCGUCGCUAUACCAUCAGUGCACGUGAGGUCGCCGACAUCGUAUUUGACCGAGUCGUGCGUGACCACGACUUACCUCUGAGCAUCAUAUCUGACUGUGACCCGCGCUUUACCAGCCAAUUCUGGCGACGGCUCCACGAGGUGUACGACACUCAGCUCCGCUUCUCCUCGUCUUACCAUCCUCAGACUGAUGGUCAGAUCGAGAUCACAAACAAGACUCUCGAAGAUAUUCUCCAAAAGAUUGUUUGUGACGACCAGCAGUGGGAUCACCAUCUUGCCCACGCGGAGAUAGCCUACAACCACGCCGUCUCGCCAACCACGGGGAUGUCGCCUUACUUUUGCGACCUCGGCUAUCACCCUCGUGUUCCCGCGGACUUCCCUCGACCGUCCCAGUUGCAUCCCUACACGAGUUGUCCUGCGCUGGACGAUUGGGUUGCACACAUGACGUCGAUCAUGAAGACCGCACAUGAGCACAUAGCCGCUUCCCAGACUCGCAUGGCAGCACGUGCGAACCGAUCGAGGAUGGAUCAUCCAUUCAAAGUCGGUGAUGAUGUGCUUAUCGACGCCUGCCACUUACAGCUCGAAGCGGACACGCUUCGCAAGUUUCGGCGUCGCUUCUUUGGGCCAUGCCGCAUCCUCCAGGCCGUCGGUUCUGAUACGGCAUCUAGCCCGGUCAACUUUCGUGUGAAGCUGUCCGACUACCUACACCAGGCUCGUGUGCACGAUGUCUACCACGUCUCGUUACUGCGUCCUUACCGCAGACCGUCUGAGCGUUUCGCUGGACGACCAUACGAGCACCCUCCACCCAUCAUGGUGGACGGCCAYGAGGAKUUCCUCGUUUCAGACAUCAUUGGUCGYCGAGUCACCGACGACAACCCUCCCCACGUCGAGUAUCUCGUACGUUGGAAGGGUUACCCUGAUGAGGAGGCUACCUGGGAGCCCCUCGAGCACUUGCAGCACGCUCGCAUGUUGGUGCGUGCCUAUGACCGUGCUCGUCGUGCUGGGUUCACUGCUUCUCCUCAGCCCACUGACCCUCCUCAUUCUCCCCCGGCGGAGGAGACCGCUGAAGUGGAACCUGCUCCAUCUGAGGCAGACCUUCAGCAACAGCCGGAUGCUUCUGAGCGUCCACAGCGGACUCGUCGUCAUCCUGCUCGAUACGACGAUUGACUAUGACUUACCUUCCCACGUCCUUGACUUCUCAGUACUCCAUCCACAUCAGUUUUGCUACUUCAGCUUGUCGA